UAGCGAUCUUCUUCCAUACUCACUAACUGAUGACGUCUUACACACGAAUGGCUUCUUUUGCAUCAGCUCAAACUGGCGCGUGUCCUGAUAUGCAGUGACGCUGUCGAGACCAGAUGCGGGGCACGCCUGUAAUUUCCUAAAUUACUAUAAAGAUCUAAAGGGACUGCUAUAAAGAUCUUCCUUGUAUGAAGGACACAGUAUGAAUUUUACAAGUCCAAAAAUCUUUUCACAGGUAGUAUUUUUUUCAUCACAAAGCUGAAGCCAUACAAGCAUACCCCCAAUAAUGGCUGAGGACAACUGUAGUUCAGCAGAGCCUGACAAGACCCCACUCAAAGUUUCAGCCAGAUUGUACGACAGAAAAAGGGGCAUAUACUCAGACAUUGAUAGCCAAACAUCAGUGGCACCACUGGCCUCACCUGGGAUGAGUGAUAACAUUACACCUUCUGCAAAGAGAAUGCGCAGAUAUAGAGAGAAGUUACGGGCAAAGUUACAGUAUGCCAAAUACCUAGAAAAACAGAGAAAAAAGGCAAAAGAAUACAGGGCUAACAGGUCUGAGGAACAGAAAAAAGCAGACAAGGAAAAGAGCAGGCUUCGGACACAGAAAUACCGCCAGAAAAAAAAAGAGAAAGGAGAACCAGUAAAUGCCAAUCCAACUGUUAAUACAAGAACGAAAGGAGAACCAGUAAGUGCCAAUCCAACUGUUAAUACAAGAACUUCGUUAGCAGCAAAGCGAAAAAAAGAAAGAGAAAGGAAAAGAAAAUAUAGAGCUGCUUUGACCCCUGAGAAGAGAGCUGCAAUCAACUUGAAAAGAUCAUUACGGGGCAAGGAAAAGAGCAGGCUUCGGACACAGAAAUACCACCAGAAAAAAAAAGAGAAAGGAGAACCAGUAAAUGCCAAUCCAACUGUUAAUACAAGAACGAAAGGAGAACCAGUAAGUGCCAAUCCAACUGUUAAUACAAGAACUUCGUUAGCAGCAAAGCGAAAAAAAGAAAGAGAAAGGAAAAGAAAAUAUAGAGCUGCUUUGACCCCUGAGAAGAGAGCUGCAAUCAACUUGAAAAGAUCAUUACGGGGCCACACUCCAUUUGUUGUGAGCUAUAAGGAGCGAUCCUGCUUCUGUGAAGCAUGUGUGACAGUUGAAGGUUCUCAGUUUGAAGGUUCUCAGUUUGAAGGGACACCAUCUCAAGAGAAGGUCAUCAGGCCCUUGGAACAAUUUCUGGAAUCAGGGAUAGGGAUAAACAUUGGUCAGCAAUUGCCAAGGUGGAAUGCUUUAAAAGAUCAACUACAAUUAGAAACAAAUGAAAGCCUGGCAAAACAUUUGAUGGACUACUACUGCAAAGGUGGUACCAAUAUUCAUCAUCCAGUUAUAUCUGACACCAUCGGGGUGCACAGUUCAACACAUUGCAGUUCCAAUUCUCAUAGUAAAUUGUACCCCAGAAGACAGCAAGAGUCAGAGCAGAAUACUUUCAUUUCUGAAACAGUCACUGACACUGAAAGACGGCAAGAUUUAGAACAUAGUGACUCUAUUAUUCAAGCUGACUCAGGCACUACUUGGGAGCAAGAUUCAGUUCACAGUAAUUCCAUUACUCACGCUGUCUCUGAAACGAAAAAAGAGCAAGAUUCAGAUCACAGUAAUACUUUGACUCAAGUUGUCUCUGAAACCAAAGGACAGCAAGAGGCAUCUACAAAUACACAGAUCAUACCAAAAACAAAAACUGACCAAAACGCAUCAAUUAAACAGGUUGAUUCUAGUGGAGUUAAAGUUGCAGGAAAGAAAUACUUAGUCAUCUUGUCUAAUUCUAAGCAUCCUAAUCCAACAUGGUUAUUAAGUCCAUGAAUGGACUCAUACAAAACCAUGAGAGCCAAAAGUGUACAUCUGCCAGUACUGUGGUCAAGACUUUCCUACCAUGUAUAGAAUUGCUCUUCAUG